AUGGCAACUACCGUUGAAAAAGAAACAGGCAUGCUCGAUGUAGGAACACACUGUGCUUUCUGUAGGCAACUCGAUUUCCUACCGUUCCAUUGCACUUAUUGUAAUGGGGACUUCUGUGCGAGUCACAGGAGCAAAGAGGCACAUCAUUGUAAAUCGCUGAUGGAAAAGGAGCAGAAUAAGAAAGUGCCUGUCAAACCCCCCAAGGAUAAUGGCGGCAAGUACUUCGAAAGCUUAUUGCCGGAAAAAGGGUACAUACGGAUUCGAGAUGACCAGAAUCAGAAAAAUGCUCAAAAACCACGGAUAGGCGAUACAUCUAUCAUUAGCUCUACUACAAACAAGAGUGCACUUGAUAAGCUGGCCAAAUUCUUUAAAAGACGUGAAUCUAAAAAGGAUGUCACGAAAAAAACAAAAUCAAAGACUUCAAAUAAAAUGAUACAGUUGAUAAACCUGAAAAGAACCGCAAAGGGUGAUAGUAGUAUCCCUUUGGAUAAUAGAAUUUACGUCUAUUGUCUUGUACUUGAUAGUGAUAAUGACGAUUCAAAUGAACAUCAAAUAUACAUCAAUAAGGUGUGGCCCGUGGGAAGAGCCUUGGACUACAUCGCUAAGCAGUUGAAUGUACCAAAUCAGAAUAAUAAUUUCAAAAUUGACUCUGACCAGAAACUCAACCUAUACAGAAAAGACGAUCAAACAGGCGCAAUUAAGUAUUUAUUGUCUGCUAAUCGUGUCUCCACUGAUAUCAAAGAUCUAGAUUCUCUCUACCUGGUUCGUGGGAAUAGUGAUCCCGAAUCUUUGUCUUUAGUAUGA